CGCGUCGCAAGCUUAAGCAUGUGACCGUGUAAUCUCCGCCUGUCAUAUUUGAUCCCCGCUCUUGCAGCCACAGACGCGUCUCGCGAUUGCCUCCUUACUCUCAAACCUCAUGUCUAACUCUCCUCAACUGAAGAAACGCAAAAUGUCCUCAGAGAACGAUGUUGAACACUCCUCUAUUGCGCCUGUGUCAAAACUUCUCAUUAAACGUCUCUCUGAGAAGGCGAAACUUCCCACAAAAGGCUCACCUCUGUCUGCUGGCUAUGAUCUAUACAGUGCUGAGAAGAAGGUCAUUCCCGCUCAUGGGAAAGCAUUAGUUGAUACCCAACUAUCAAUCGCGGUACCGGUCGGUACGUACGGACGCGUCGCGCCUCGAAGUGGACUUGCCUCAAAGUUCAUGAUUGAUACUGGUGCGGGUGUCAUUGAUGCUGACUACCGCGGCGUCGUCUUUGUUCUCCUUUUCAAUCUCUCUGAUACCGAUUUCCAAGUUGAAGAAGGUGAUCGUAUAGCGCAGCUGAUCCUUGAAAAAAUCGAGUCUCCGGACGUGAUGGAGGUCGACGUAAGUUACUGGACUAGGUUUAUUGGCGUACUGUUUCAUCUCAAGUUUUCUUUCUAGGAUCUCAACGAGACCCUUCGAGGAACAGGUGGUUUUGGUUCUACUGGCGGCCACGUUGCUCUGUGAAGUUCCCAAAACACUCACCUCAUCCAUUGAUAUAUCUUGCUAUAUUUGUAUACACAUUUGACUGUAAUGUCUCAUUGAACGAUUUCAUUCAGCAGUUCGUAACCUGAUUUUACAUCGGGUACA